UUGGUGGAAGUUUGAUCCUGGAAGUAUCCAGGAUGCUUCUUGCAGAGUUCUUUCCGAAUUCCUUUUUACCAGAAAACCUUCAAUAAAAAGACACUGAGGGGAGCAAUAUAUUUAAGCUCCAUCACGCAUAUUUGUGAUACUCAAACUCAACAUGAACAUCUCUUCCUCGCGGACGUUAGAAAUCAGAGUGUUGUCAGCGGAGGACCUACGAAUCGGUGGCAGAUCUGUGAAAAAGAACGCUUUUGCGAUCGUCAAGGUCGAUCCUGUGAACUAUCAGGGGACAAAGGCCGAUCCUGUUGGAGGAAGUUAUCCUACAUGGGACGAAAUUCUUGAGAUCAAUCUGCCUCUUGGUGCCACUUCUUUGACCCUGGAAGUACAACGCAGGACUUCUUCAGGCGAUAGGCUAAUAGGGGCCGCAAAUUUACCAGUUUCUGAUAUUAUCGGAGACUAUACUCCGGAGAAUUAUUUGCGAUUCCUGAGUUAUAUCCUGAAAGAUACAGCGGGAAAGAAGAAUGGGAUAAUUAAUGUUUCCGUCAGAGUUAAAAUGCCAAAACAAGUCUGUUCUUCACUGGGAAAACGCAAUGUGUCUGAUUCUGCAGCGUGUUCAUCGGAUGCGGAGUUGAAGGUGGCGGGAUUCAAGAGUUCUCCGACGCAGAAGAUUGGAAUCCCGAUCGGUGAAAGGAAAUUUGAGGGAGCUGUAACUGGGGUUCCUGUUUGGCCACCAAUCAUUUCUAAAUCUUGGUGAUUUUUCUUGGAUGGGAAAAUUUUUCAAAGACUAGUAAAGAUUUUAAAUUGUUUUA